AGAUAUGGGUCUCGGUAUUGGGUAUUGGGUAUAGCUUAUUGCUUGCUCUUGUUGUUUGAUUCCUAACCGUGCACGUUUACAAUAUAUUUUAUCAGUUUGUUAUUUAGAAUACUAUUUAAAGCACAAAAGAACCAAAAAUGGAUCUGAUGCAGUCAGCUUCAAUUCUUUCGCGACCUGCAGACGAAUUCGGCAAUGACGAAUCCCUCGAGGAAAUGUGGGCAAUGCAAGCAAUGGACCAUGGUGAAGUCUAUUUUAAUCUCCUCACCAGUUUGCACCCUUCGUGUCUGCGCCUUACGCCGUACGAUGAUAAAAUUUAUCAAACCUUUCGACAAGAUUUUCCUGAUCUCAAAAUAGAACUAUUGACCGAUGAUAUCCUUAAAUCAGAAGAUGCGAAAAUUCGCUGGCGCUUGUUUGCGGAUAAAUUCAACAAAUUAGAUGACUACAAUUUGGGAACAUUGUUACGUGCGGACGCUUCUAAAGGAUUUGUACCUGAAAAUACGCUUCUGGCUGUGCGCAUACAGUUUUUAGCAAUAGAAAUAGCACGAAACCGUGAGGGUCUUAAUGAUGAAGUACACCGAAAAUUCCAUCCACCACCACGUAAAUUGGUUAAAGGAGUAAAUAUGGUCCAAAAAGAGCAUAUCCAGGACGCGUAGUUAGUGAAGGAAUUUACAUAAUUUUUUUGCUGAAAAUACCAAUAUACUUACAUCUAAAUAAAUAUAUGUAUAGUUGUACAUUUUAUAUUUUCAUAAAUUAAAAAAUAUACGAUAUAGUGAUAUAGCUUCCAUUCUUUAAA